AUGGCCCAGGCCGGUCGUGAGCUGCAGUAUGAGAGCCGGUGCCGCCCCUCGCGGUCGGUGGACGCGUGGCGAACCGAGGCGGCGGCUCCUGGGCUCUGCAUGGGGACACCAGGGGCCCGGCGACGCGCACGGCGCGGAGGCUGGGGAUUACCCCUGAGCUCCUCUGCGCUGGCUGCAACAGGGCUGCUGUGCACCGCGUUGACCGCCUGCAUCUGCUGGGGACAGCUGCCGCAGCUGCCCUGGGCGUCCCCAGCCCCGCCGCGCCCAGUUAGCGUGUUGCUCUGGUGGGAACCUUUUGCGGGGCGCAGCGGCUACUCCAGGCCUCCCCCUGAUUGCAGCCUGCGCUUCAACAUCAGCGGCUGCCGCUUGCUCACCGACCGCGCGGCCUACGGGGAAGCUCAAGCAGUGCUGUUCCACCACCGCGAUCUGGUGAAGGGACCCCCCGACUGGCCCCCGCCCUGGGGCACCCAAGUGCGCACGGACGAGGCUCUGGAGCUACGCGUAUUCGACGAUCAUGAGGGAGCGGCGAUGCUAGCAGGCGAAGCCCUGGAGACCGCAGGCUCUAGACCUCCGGGUCAGCGCUGGGUGUGGAUGAACUUCGAAUCACCCUCCCACUCCCCUGGACUGCGAGGCUUGGCUAAGAACCUUUUCAAUUGGACUUUGUCCUACAGGGCCGAUUCAGAUGUCUUCGUGCCCUACGGCUUCCUCUACCCCAGAAGCCACCCAACUGACCAGCCACCAGGCCUGGCUCCCCCGCUGGCCCGCAAGCGGGGCCUGGUGGCCUGGGUUGUGAGCCACUGGGAUGAACGCCAUGCACGGGUCCGUUAUUACCACCAGCUGAGCCGGCAUGUGCCUGUGGACGUGUUUGGUCGGGCGGGACCGGGACAGCCCGUGCCAGCUAGCGGACUGCUGCAUACUGUGGCCCGCUACAAGUUUUACCUGGCCUUUGAGAACUCGCAGCACGUGGAUUACAUCACUGAGAAGCUGUGGCGGAAUGCCUUCCUGGCCGGGGCCGUGCCAGUGGUGCUAGGUCCUGACCGUGCCAACUAUGAGCGCUUUGUGCCUCGUGGUGCCUUCAUCCACGUGGAUGAUUUCCCUAAUGCUGCCUCCCUGGCAGCCUACCUGCUCUUUCUUGACCGAAACGUGGCUGUCUAUCGCCGCUACUUCCACUGGCGCCGGAGCUAUGCCGUGCACAUUACCUCCUUCUGGGAUGAGCCAUGGUGCCGGACAUGCCAAGCUGUGCAGACCUCUGGGGACCAGCCCAAGAGUAUCCGCAACUUGGCAGGCUGGUUUGAGCGGUGAGGCCACUAUGCUGUGAAUUGACUACAUCUCUUCGGUUGAGGUUUUUAAAUACCCAAUUCUGCUUGAUGGGAAAAAGAUGAGAUACCGAUUAAUAUUAUUUGGCACAAAGAUGGGAUGGGAACAUUCCCAGGCCCGCGUGACUUUUUAUGAG